UCACAAUUUCACUUCCUAUUUCCGGUCUCUUGUCAACUUUAGGUUAAAGCCAUGGCUGCUGCUGCCAACUUUUCCGCUAUACCAGAUGGUCUCAAAAGCCAGAUCAAAAAAUUUCGAUUCAGAAAGGAAAAAACAAUAGCGGCAAGAAUAUUGAAGAUUAACGCUGAAACCGAUGAAGUAGAAAUGGAAACAGAAUUAGAGGACUGUAGUCUUGAGGAAAUUCAGGAGGAAAUCUGUGAACAUCAGCCACGCUACAUUAUAAUCAGCUAUAAAUAUGCACAUGAUGACGGCCGUCUCUCCUAUCCAUUCUUCUUUGUCUUCUACUCUCCCAGAGGAUGCAACAUAGAACAACGGAUGAGAUAUGCUGGUACUAAGGGAAAAUUACAGGAAGAACUUGGGGUGACGAAGUCUCUUGAUAUUGAAGAUCUUGAAGAAGAUGGAUUGACAACGGAGGUUUUAGAUUCCAAGAUGAAAUUAUUCACUUAGUUCUUGAAGAUACAUAUAUUUUGUUUCAAACAAUGUAGCAUGACACACUAUUGUGUAUAAAUGAUGAAAGUAGUCAGCCUACCUUUUCAUGGGGAGAAUGGUUGAACUGGAUUUCAUAAUUGUGGAGAGACUGACAAACAAGUUGGACACUUUUGUUUUUGUUGAAGUGAAGAAAUUGUCAUUCAUCUGCUUCAUUAACAUUUUCUGUUACCUGUAUAAAUACCAUCCCACCAAAGAUAUCUGACAAAGAUUGUACUAUUCAUUUUAAUUAAUCCUGAUAUUUAUGGUUAGUUAAACCACAUAAAGGAAAGCCCCCUACAGUAUAUGGACAGUGUAAUAAAAGACUAGGGGUAUUAACGGUCAUUUCUGGCCAUAUCAUGGAUUUAGAAUUAGUUAUCUUCCUAAUCUGGAAUAAAUGAGUUAUGCAAAUAUGAAAUUUCAAAUUCAUCCGACAAUUGGUUAAGAGGAUAUGGCAACACAAAUGGUGGUACGAUGUAUAAACCCGCAUUUUUCAUAGUAAUAUGCGUGAAUAUCGUCCAUUGUGUGCUAUUUACGUUGAAAAUUGGCAAUUUUGAAGAAAUUAAAUUAAUCAAACCCUCUUCAAUUUUAAAGAGCCUCUGCAUGCAACAAACAAAUAAAUAUUUGACAAGCUUAAACAUUGUCAUACCUGUGUUCAUUAAUAGAAAGCAAUAUUUGUUUGUCACAUGCGGAGGCUUUCAUUUCUGCAUGCUAACUAACCUGUCCAAAAAUACCAUAUUUUGGCUAUUUGUGCAUAGCAAUGUAGGGCAUAUACGGGCAUAUAUGCAUGUUCAUUGAAAAACACCUGCACCAAGAAAGAUAGCCUCAAUUAAUCAAUAGGAUGUUUAUUAUAGAAAUUUGUUAAUAAAUUCAAGUUGAAAUUUUUAUGAGGCCGAAAAUGACCCAUAAUGCUCCUAGUUCUUUUACUUGUAGAAAUGUGCUAAUAUUUACUACUGAGAAGUGAAGCGUAACGAUGAUGUUAGUUCUCUGUCAAUUUUCACACACACACACAUAUAUAUAUAUAUACUUUUUGUACUCAACUUCAUAAAUGUGCUUUUGGGCAUUAACUCAAAAACAUAUUUUAUCUGAAGAAAAAUAAUUGGUACCAGGUAUAUGAUUGAUAUGUACACAAAAAAUAAACAGUUAUUAUCUCACCGGGUCCGAAGGACCAAGGUGAGCUUAUGCCAUACCGUGGCGU